AUGUCUGGUGCAGACACAGCCGACCCCACGACGCCGGCGCCGCCGCCCAAUACCGUUAACGAGGAUGCUCUGGGUCACCAGCCAUCUUUCGUUGCGCCGCGGACGUACUUGUCGCAGACGAGACCGCCUCAAUCGCCACAGAUGCUCUCGCCGAUAGAUAGAGAGCAAAUGGAGGGCUUGAGGAUCAUACGUGCAUUUCUCAAGGUCCGGAGAAGUUACGACGUGCUUCCAUUGAGCUUUCGCCUGAUCGUGUUCGACACGGCACUGCUGGUGAAGAAGAGUCUCAACAUCCUGAUUCAAAAUGGCAUUGUCUCGGCGCCGCUUUGGGACUCAAAGUCGUCCACCUUCGCUGGUCUCUUGACGACGUCAGACUACAUCAACGUCAUACAGUACAUAUGGCAGAACCCCGAUGCGCUCGGGCAGGUGGAUCAGUUCCGGCUCGACAGCCUUCGAGAUAUCGAGAAAGCGAUUGGAGUGCAACCCAUUGAGACCGUGUCGAUCCACCCGGACCGACCCCUCUACGAAGCAUGUCGGAGAAUGCUCGAAUCGCGAGCGCGGCGCAUUCCGCUGGUGGACAUCGACGACGAGACGCAUCGUAACAUGGUCGUCAGCGUCAUCACACAGUACCGCAUCCUGAAAUUCGUCGCGGUCAACGUCAAGGAGACGCAGAUGCUUCGAAAGCCGCUGCGAGAGCUCCCGCAUGUUGGAACCUACGAUAAUCUCGCGACGGCGCAUAUGGACACGCCGGUAAUGGACGUCAUCCAUAUGCUAGUUAAGAAAAGCAUUUCCAGCGUUCCCAUUUUAGACAAGGAUGGCACCGUGAUAAACGUAUUCGAGUCCGUCGACGUCAUCACGCUCAUCAAAGGCGGAGCCUACGACGACCUCAAUUCGACCGUAGGCGACGCCCUCCUGAAACGAUCAGACGAAUUCCCCGGCAUCUACACCUGCUCCAUGCAAGACAACCUCGCGACGAUAUACGACACGGUCCGCCGCUCGCGCGUCCACCGCUUCAUCGUCAUCGAUGAGGAGAGCAAACUAAAAGGCGUCCUGACGCUCAGCGACAUCCUCGAACACACCCUCCUGGAGGGAGAGGAGGACGAAUAG